AUGUCGGCCGCAACAGAUAAAGCGCGCUUCUACCUGGAGCAGUCGGUGCCAGAGCUCAAGGAGUUUGAGAAGAAAAAGAUAUUUAGCAAGGAUGAGAUUACCUCCAUUGUCAAGAGACGGUCAGAUUUCGAACACAAACUGAACGCCCGCGGCGCUCAGCCAUCCGACUUUGUGCGAUAUGCGGAAUAUGAGAUGAAUCUUGACACUCUGCGACGCAAGAGAGUGAAGCGACUAGGUAUUCGGUCGGCGGGCCAUUCGGGUCAAAGACGGAUUUUCUUCAUCCUUGAUCGAGCUACUCGGAAGUUCCACGGCGAUCUCGGCCUAUGGAUCCAGUAUAUCGAGUAUGCUCGUCAGCAGAAGGCAUACAAGAAGCUUUCGACGAUCUUCACGAAUGCUUUACGGCUUCAUCCUACCAGCGUGGACCUAUGGAUAUACGCGGCACAAUACAAUCUGGAUGAUCAUGCAGAUAUGACAAUGUCGCGAAGCUAUAUGCAAAGAGGACUGAGAUUUUGCAAGAGCUCAAGGAAAUUGUGGCUGCACUAUGCGAAACUCGAAUUGAUCUACAUCGCCAAGCUUGUCGCUCGACAGCGGAUAUUGGGCUUGGACCAGAAGACUGAAACGCCUAAUCCGGCCGAAGAAACUGGAUUUGAUGACCCUAAUGCCGAUAUGAUUGUUUUGCCUAAAAUCACUGGGGAAGAUAUCAACCCUAGCACUGGAGACGAAGACGGAGUUGAUCACGUUGCUCUGCAAAAUCUGAACUCGACACCCGCUCUGAGCGGCGCGGUUCCACUGGCCGUCUUCGAUACAGCGAUGAAGAACUUCAACAACGAUGACCGCUUCGGUCUCGAGUUCUACGACAUGGUCUCCGAAUUUCAAGACUUACCGUGCCUGCGCAAGAUCUUGGGACAUGUGGUUGAGGUGAUGUUGCAACACAGACCAACCAGCUACCGUACACAUAUCUGCAACAUCAAAUUCCCAAUCGCUGGGAUCCGACCCACAUCUCCCGAGUUUCCUCGGGCAUUGCGUGCAUCUCUUGCUCUUUUGAAGGAGCACCGGCAAGAUCCAAAUGUCGCCAAGGAGGUGGUCAGCUGGCUGCAACCGUUCCAGACGACAGAGGACUUGGACCCUGCCUUGCAAAAGGUCAUUGCUGCCACCAUCCACAAUGCCGAGCGGGUCCUUCAGCAGGAGUAG